AACCACCACCCCCACAACCACAGGCCGCCACACCGGCCCACGGGCCGCACCAACCUGGCCUCAUGCGUGGUGGCCUUAAUCUUCCUAAUAUUCGUCGUCAUCGUCAUCCUCAUCGUCUACUUCACCGUCUUCAAGCCCAAGGACCCCAAGAUCGCCGUCAACUCCGUCCAGCUCCCCUCCUUCUCCGUUUCUAACGGCUCCGUCAACUUCACCUUCUCCCAAUACGUCGCCGUUCGCAACCCCAACCGCGCCGUCUUCACCCACUACGACAGCUCCCUCCAGCUCCUCUAUUCCGGUAAUGAAGUCGGAUUCAUGUUCAUACCCGCCGGGAAAAUCGAUUCGGGUCGGACCCAGUACAUGGCCGCCACUUUCGCCGUCCAAUCCUUCCCAUUAUCCGACCAGGUUCAGAACGUUCCCGGAAUCGGAGUCGGAAUGGUGAGCGGUGACCCGGGAGUUGCGGGGAUGGGCCCGGGGAUCGGGUUCGGGUUCGGACGGCAGCCUCGGGCCGGGCCGACGAUGGAGAUAGAGUCGAGGAUUGAGAUGGCGGGUCGGGUCAGGAUGUUACAUUUCUUCACUCAUCAUGUGGAGGCCAAAGCUGGGUGUAAGGUUGUCAUUGCUGUGAGUGAUGGAUCCGUGCUCGGGUUUCAUUGCUAGUUGUUACUUGUUUGUUAAGUGUAGGAUUUUUUUUUUUUAA